AUGCCUGCGUCUGCUCGCAAAAGCAGCAUCGGCUCCCGACGCCAGCCGCAAAAGUACAUCCCAUACCGCGCGGAUGACCUCCAUCAUGGCAAGAAGACCGGCAUGGCUGUCGCGUAUGUCGACCACAGGUCCGACGAGUUCGAGCCGUUCGAAAAGGUCAUGAGCCAGGCUGAUCAACGCACGCCCCCGCGAGUGCAGAAUGCAAGGAAGAAGCGCACCCCAAAGCCGAAGACGCCAGUGCUUCAAACACAUGUGGAAGACGAGGACGGCGAAAUGUCGAUGGAGUUGGAGGACAGUGAGUGUUCUCCCACACCGUCGGUCGCUGCUCGCACUUAUGCGCCCGCGUCUCGAGGCUAUCCGUACAGUCCCACCGAGUACUUUGCUAAUCAGCGCGUGAACACGAUCACUUCAAGCGUGCGGCGCGUAGGCUCGUCCUCUCGCCCAGUCGCACAGGGCUCCGAUGUCGACUUCGACAAAGUACCGUCUCCGCGCCCUUCCAUGUCCUCCCGGAGAUCUCUGGGCCUCCCCCGUUCCCCAGGAAGAUCACAGCUUUCUCAAUCGACCGUCGCUCUCGACAACGAUGAUUUCCCGGAUGAGCCGGACAUGGACUAUGGGGGCGGGUCUGAUCUUAAUGGCGCCGGCUUUGACUCGGACGACGAUGACAACAACAUCUCUCCGCUUUCCGCUCGUCAGGAACAGCAACAGUCGGCCAAGAAGCUCAACGGACGUCUCUCGCGACGUGCCAGUUUUGCACAAAUUGAUCAGGACGAGGAAGACGAGCUCCAACUUACGCGGAGCCCAUCCACUUCUAAGGCCAGAGGUAAACAGCGUGCAAGCUACGAACCUCACCAGGACAUCGACGCGGAAGAGGAUAUGGUCCAGUUUGAAGUUGACGUAGAACAGGACGCGGCGGAAGAAGAGGAAGUGGCUUCACGGAAAAGAAGCGGGCCGGAGAGGGGCGAAGACGACAGCAUUGAGAAACAGCAACCGGCAAGCAAGAAGGCACGAUUUGAGAACGAGGGUGCGAAGAAGCCACGGGGCCGGCCAGGAGGCAAGAAGGUGCAGGUACUGCGCGAAUUGACGCCAGAGGAUCCUAACGAGAACCAGAGUGGUCUCCGUCGUGGAAAGCGUACGAGGUAUAAACCACUGGAUUGGUGGCGAUGCGAGAAGGUGGUUUAUGGGAGGCGAGAGACGGGGAAGUCUCUUGUGCCGGCGAUAAAGGAGAUUCGACGAAUACCGAAGGAGGAAUCCCAGCCACUUGGCGCAAAACACAGAAGAAAGCGACCACCACGGAGCAAGAGCAAAACCGCAGAGGAAUCGGAUAAGAAUCUCGUCUUCAACCCCGAGGAAGGUUGGGAUGACGAGACCCCGACGGAUGGUUUUGUGCUUGACUAUAACCAUGACGAGGAGAUCAAGAAACGAAUUGCGUUUACUGCCAAGGACGUGGAACCUAAGCCGGCGGCCAACAACGAGUUCUUUUUUCAGAAGAUCUUUUGGGAUGGUGAUUUCAUCGCUGCUGGACAGCUCAUCAUACCGCCCAACAAGCAGAAGCCCACAAAGGGUACGAAGGACAAUACUUUUGUCUUUUAUGUCAUCGAGGGUGCAGUCAAUUUUACGGUACACCAAACAAGCUUCGUGCUGACCACUGGUGGCAUGUUCCUCGUGCCGCGAGGAAACAUGUACUUCAUCCAGAACAUCUCGGAUCGUGACGCGAAGCUUUUCUUUGCACAGGCACGGAAGAUGGUGGACGAUGAUGACGAGGAAUUGCAUCGCGUCGAGGAUGCCAUUCGAGGUCGCUCCCAAUCGUUGAAAGUUCCGAAGGGAUCACCCCAAGCACGGCAGUCUGCAGCACGCUCCCCAAGUGCCAGAGCUUCUUCCGAAGCACGGCCUCCCCCAACAACGGCGGCAGGGAAAGCAGCACUUAAAAGGGCUGCUUCUGCUAAAACAUGA